UCUUCCUUUGCCGUAGAGAGAGAAGAAAAAAAAAAAUGCAGGAGCGCGUUUGAGUCGGUUCCGGAGCGCGUCCGCCGCUAUGUAGCGAAACUGUCGGUCGGCAGGAUGAAAGUUUGAGACGGGAAAAAAGCGUGAGCUGUUUUUUUUGUCGGCAGGAGGGAAAACAUGGCUGUGCGGGAGGAAGGAGAGGUUCCGCACGUUAAAGUGAGGCACGACGGAGGCGCAGAGAGCUUCAGGAACGGCUAUGUGAAGAGCUGCGUCACGCCGCUUAAGCAGGACCCUCCGCGGGGGCUUUUCCUUAGCGCGUGCCGCUCGUGCAGAGACCCGGACACCGGCACCACGGGGGCUGCGCGCGUCUCCGCUGCCUACGCGGGAGCUUUCGCGGCGCUCGCGGCGUCUUUCUUCCUUUCGCGUCGCUUUCAAAGCGUCGAGUUGCGCGCGCUACUGUCGGACGUCGCGAGUUCUCUGAGCCCGUUGUUCAGUAUCGGGUGCGCGCACUUCUUCCUUACCUUCUACCUGCGCCGGCGGAAGCGCGAGAGCAGUCGCGGCUGGCUCGUGGCCCUGCCGGUCUCGUGCUACCUGGGGGACUUCGCGGCGCUGCGCUUCCUGCAGUGGGGAUCCGGAGAGCAAGAACACUCCGUCGCUGUUUCGCAUCACGUGCACACGGCGGGCCGCCUGCUGUUCGUGCUCGGUUGUGUGGGCCUGCUCACACUGUUACCGACACUAAAACUCCGCCACAGCGUGCUCGUACUACUUUUCGCCAGCGGCGCGUGGCUGCUCGCACACACCGGCCUGAGCUGCGUGACAUCGUGGCUCAGGCCGCUGAUCGCGUGCGCUGCCGCCGUGACUGGCUCGGUGCUCGGCCUCGGGUUCGACCGCUCAUAUCCGCCGAGGGAAACAACCAGCCGGACAUCCGAGGAGCGCGUGCCGGUGGUGAGGCCGAGGCGCAGAUCGAGCUGUGUGUCACUCGGGGAGACGUCCAGUAGCUACUAUGGCAGCUGGAAAAUGCCGCGCAGGCCGUCAUUACCGUGUAUCUCCCGAGAGCAGAUGAUUCUGUGGGACUGGGAUCUGAAACAGUGGUCCAAACCUCAGUAUCAGGGUUCAGUGUGUGGAGCAGAUCUCUCAGUGAUUAGUGAUGUGAGGAAUCUGAUCUCAGACCUGAUGCAGGACUCGUCUCUGUCUCCGAAUGUCAUGUCGUCAUUACGCAGUGUCAGCAGUUUGCUCAACAGCGUCUCAGGCUCCUGCCGUCCGCGUCCAAAUCCGUUCACACCUUUCCCUGGGUUCUACCCCUGUGCUGAGGCAGAGGAUCCAAGUGACAGAGCUGAAAGAAAGCCUGUGAAAGGCCUGAGUAGUAGAAACAGUCUGCCGACUCCUCAACUGAGGCGGAGCUCUGCGUGUUCAACCCUCUCUCCUCUGGAGACGCACUCGUCCCCUCGCUGGGAGCGCAGUAAUGGAAAAAGAUCUCACACUGAGCUCAGUGCUGGCAGUCAGGGAUCAUUCUCUAAUGGGCCAAACAGCAACCUGCUGACCAUCCCGAAGCAGAGAUCAUCCUCUGUCACGCUCUCCUAUGGUCACACCAUUCCCAGAAGACCAGGUGCUUCUCCGAGUCUGAGUCCGCUCAGUUCACCCAGUCACAGUCCCCCUUCAUGUACCAGCUCAUCACUGAUCACUCGUUCUCCGGUGGAGUUUCCAGACACAGCUGAUUUCCUCACCAAGCCCAGCGUAAACCUGCACAAAGCACCAGGGUUUUCACUCAGCUCACUCUGCACCAGUUGUGGGCGGCAAAUUCUGAAGAGCAGCUCGAAUGCUGAGGUUGCUGAUAGCCACAUGACCUUGGGGCCUGAUGUGCAAAGAAGACAAUCAGGUGAGGAGACGGAAUACAGCAGUGAUGGACUGAUCAGGGAGGAGCGGGGGGAAGUAGAUGCUCAUGGAGAGGAAGCAGGACUGACUGCAAAAGCUAAAGAACGAGCUCAGCAUGAGGAAGAGGAGGAGGAAGAGCAAAGUUUGGGUGUGCAGGAGAGUCCUUCUCGUCCUGAGGAGUUCAAGUUAGAGCCCCUGCUAGAGGACCAGGAAGCUCUGUUGGAGAAGCUCAGUAACUGGAACUUUCAGAUCUUUGACCUGAUGGAUAGAACAGGAGGGAAGACGGGACAAAUCCUCAGCUGUGUGGCCUACACUUUGUUCCAGGACACGGGUCUGUUUGAAAUCUUCAGAAUCCCCGUGCGGGAGUUCAUGACGUACUUCUGUGCUCUGGAGAACGGCUAUCGCGACAUACCCUAUCACAAUCGUGUCCAUGCCACAGACGUCCUUCAUGCUGUUUGGUACCUCACCACCAGACCCAUCCCUGGCUUCCAGCAGAUCCAUAAUGAACAUGUGACAGGAAGUGACACAGACUCGGACAGUGGCAUCUCUCCUGGCCGGGUUUCUUAUGCUUUGUCCAAAAGCUCCUCCAUCUCCGACAAUAAUUAUGGUUGCUUGGCCUGGAACGUCCCUGCUCUCGAACUCAUGGCACUCUAUGUAGCAGCUGCUAUGCACGACUAUGAUCACCCAGGUCGCACAAAUGCCUUUCUUGUAGCUACUAAUGCCUCUCAGGCCGUGCUGUACAACGAUCGUUCAGUUCUGGAAAACCAUCAUGCUGCUGCUGCAUGGAGCCUUUUCCUGUCUCAGCCUGAGUUUAAUUUCCUGUCCAACCUGGACCAUGUUGAGUUCAAGAGAUUUCGCUUUCUUGUUAUCGAGGCCAUCCUCGCCACAGACCUGAAGAAGCACUUUGAUUUCUUAGCCGAGUUUAACUCCAAGGUUACAGAUGUGAAUAGCCCAGGUAUCGACUGGACUAAUGAGAAUGACAGGUUGUUGGUUUGCCAAGUGUGCAUCAAGCUGGCAGAUAUUAAUGGACCAGCAAAAGAACGCAGACUUCACCUGAAAUGGACAGAAGGCAUCGUGAAUGAGUUUUAUGAACAGGGAGACGAGGAGGCUUGCCUCGGAUUACCCAUCAGCCCUUUCAUGGACCGCUCUGCGCCACAGCUGGCCAAGCUGCAGGAGUCCUUUAUCACACACAUUGUUGGGCCACUGUGUAACUCGUACGAUGCUGCUGGACUACUCCCAGGCUACUGGGUGGAUGAAGAUGGCGAGGAGGAUGAUGCUGAAGACACAGAGACCGAUGAUGAAGACAUUGAUGAAGAGCUUCAAUUAAAACCCGGGAAAAGCCGCCAGCGUCUUUUCUGCAGCAUUAUGCAGCACCUGACUGACAACCACAUGGCAUGGAAGCAGAUCAUUGAGGAAGAGGAAAAGAACUGUGACCUGGGGCUUCAUCAGCAGCAAGAGCAGCAGCAGGCAGACACACAUCCUCCCUCCACAACCUCAGAUGAUAUUCAGGUCAUAGAGGAGGAGGCUGAAGAGGAAGAGCGGCAACAGGAGGGGGAUUGAGUGAAGCCGAUUGGCUGAGAGAAUAAUAGGGGACGGGGGUGAAGCAAACAUCGAAACAUUGCUCUUGAUCUCCUUCACACAGUCCGAACUGACACCAGAAGAUUCUGCCAGAUCUCCUGUACUGAAACGAUCACUGUGACGCAAAUGCAGUUCACGUGGUGUUGGGGGAAAAAAAAUUGUACAACAAGGCCUUACUACUGUGAGAGCAUCCUAUGCACUUUCACCCCAUGGAGAAUGAUGGAGGAUCAGAAAGAAGAUCGAAAAAAGACAUGAUAUAAUGAACCGAAACUCUCCAUGGUUAUUUGGCUGUGAUGCUGCCUUGAAAGCAGAGCUCUUAACUCUCCUGUAGGUACUUAUUACAAUUAUUAUUUUUUUUAGUUAUUUAAAAAACAGAAUUUCAGAGGACUUGCAAGUCAGCACUCAUUACCAAAGUGAACAGUUAAAAACAAACGAGUCUGAGGCUAAAGCAGGCUCUGUGUCAGGAAUACUCUAGAAACAUAAAUCAAACGUGCCUGUCUGAACCCUUUUGUGUGUGUGUUUUUUUUUUGUUGCUGCCUCGUUCCCCCCACGUGGUCCUGGUGAUGGACUCUAACCCUCAGCACACACUUUCCUCUACCAUGCUGGUGACACGAAAACACUGUAUCAUUGAACUCAGCCACUACGACUGAAACAACAUGAAUAUUUACUUCUGCAUCAUUUUAGGAUGCUUUUUUUUUACUCACCUGCUGUUAGAUUUAGUUUCCUCUGUUAAAGACUUGUGUGCUCAUGGAUUGUUGUUUUUCCUCCUCAGGAAUGCAAAGUUGGCAUUUGUUGUUCCUUUUGUAAACUCUUAAAAGCAUUAAGUAUGGAA